AUGCGACCUACCGCGGUCCUCCUCGCCAAGCACGACGGCGACCACUAUCACAACGCACACUUGCCGAGAGUCAUGCUCAUCACCAAGAAGAACCGCCUCGCCAUCCUCUCCUACCUCUUCAAGGAGGGCGUCAUCGUCGCCGAGAAGACGACCGGCCACACCGACCGCAACGCCCUCAUGCUCCACCCCGACAUCAUGGGCGUCUCGACCUCGUUUUGCGAGGACGGCGCGGUCAAGACGUCGCCGCAGCGCGUGCGCAACCUCGAGGUGAUCAAGCUGAUGCAGUCGCUCACCUCGAAGGAGCUCGUCACCGAGCGCUUCGCCUGGAAGCACUACUACUGGUUCCUCAAGGAUGAGGGCAUCGAGUACCUGCGCGAAUAACUCCCCAUCCCCGAGGACGUCGUUCCCAACACCCUCAAGAAGUCGACCAAGCCCGCGGCGCCGGAGGGCCGGCCGGGAGGCGACCGCGAUGGCCCGCCGCGUGGCGACCGCGAGGGCGGGUACCGCCGCGGACCGCCCGGCGGAGAUCGCGAGGGAGGCUACCGCGGCUUUGGCCGCGGCGGCGGCGCGCCGCGCCCGCCGCAGUAAGGCGCCGCAGCGGGUGGAAAGGGGGUUUGGGGUUACGAGCAUGACUCUCGCGCGCCCGCCGCCGCGCCGGGGAUUCUCUCACUAGCCCGCUGAUAGUCUACCGCCCAACGCGGGUGUCCCGCGCCCCGCCCCCGUAUUGCGAGGGAGGGGCGCGGCUGUUCGCUCGUUGGGCGGGCGGGGUCCUCGCCGCGGGCGUACAGCGUGGCGGGCGCGUGGCCUUGUCGUCACCCCCCUGCUUCCAAGUUCCAUUCCAUGGCAAUCUUUUCGUAUUUCGAUCGAUA